AUGGAAACUUCCAUCAGAUUUUUCUGUUUAUGUGAUUCCACUGUCUUUCCCAACAAGCAGUUUCAUUUCAUGGUUCCACCCUUGGCGGCAGAUUCAGAUAAUAAUAAUAAUGGACCGUUAGUGAUCGUUGUGUUGCUGGGAUGGCUGGGGGCGAAGCCGAGACACUUGAGGCGAUACGCUGAACUUUACAGUUCGAGAGGAAUAAACACUGUUAGCUUUGUGGUUUCGGUGAAAGAAGUUCUUUCGCUCGAUAAGGGGAAGAGAUUGGAGAGGCGAGUCGCGUCGUUGUCGCGUGAAAUCGAGUCGUGGUUGAGCUAUUCGGAUGGGCGCCAACGUUUCUUGAUCUUCCACACUUUCAGCAACACUGGUUGGCUUACAUAUGGUUCAAUUCUUGAGAACCUGCAAGGAAAGAAGAAUAUUCUGGAGAAAAUUAUAGGAUGUGUUGUUGAUUCAGGAGGGGACCCUGAUUUAAAUCCAAAGGUGUGGGCAGCUGGAUUUGCUUCAGCUCUAUUGAAAAAACGUAGUUCGAAUUCAGUGCACCCAUCAUGUAAUAUCGUCGAUGAAGUAGAAAAAAACGAUCAUUCCCCUUUCAUGGAAUCCAUGCUUUUGAAAGUUCUAGAUAAGCUCUUCACCGUUCUUCUUAACCAGCCUGACAUAAAUCGGAGGCUGAAGAAGAAGAUUAUCGAUACACUAGAAACCAAACAGCCUUGUUGCCCUCAGCUUUACCUGUAUAGCAGUGCUGACAAGGUGAUUCCAUAUAAAUCUGUGGAAUCAUUCAUUGAAGAUCAAGAACAGAGGGGUAAAAAGGUCUUUUCCUUUAACUUCGGAACAUCGCCUCACGUCGAUCACUACAGGACCUUCCCGGAAACUUACUCAUCGCAACUACAUACUUUCUUGGACCAGAGUCUAGCCCAAAUGAAAAGAAAUGACAAAAUUCCAACGGCUGGCUUAGACGACUUAGACACAGACAGUAAAAAGUAAAAACUGUAAUUUACUUGACCGGGCAUGUAAAAUUUAAGUGUUGUAUCAACAAGUGAAACUACCCAAAUAGUUUAUGAAUUCUGUUC